GUUCUUGGUAAUAUAGGUGCGCCGGUCCAGUACGUGUAUGACAGUAAGUACGCGGGGAUGGAUGGACAACCCGAGGACCGGAGGCUAGUCAAGGCCUUGUUACAAUGUGCUCACAAUAUCGACCUUCCUCACAAGGUCGCAAAGUCAGCCAUAUUGGCAUUGCAUAAAAUGGCCCUCACACUUGAGAUGAAGGACGCUCUUGUUGGUAUUUUCGCCGAUGUGAAUCGUCCGCCCUCACUACGCUCAGCAAUAUUUGCACGGCUUGUUAUGCAGCCCGAUCGUGACUUAGCCGCGGAACUCAACGAACUCAUACACGCUGAGAAGAUGAAAUCCAUGAAGCACUAUAUGGUGACUUACAUAAAGAGUCUACAACAGAACGACCAGCCGGACCUUAAACCCUUACGAAGUAUCUGGGAGGAGCUGAUAAACACAGACUCCAGGAAAUUCCCUUACGUUAGUCACAGAUUCGGAACGCACAAAUACGUCGAGAUGUCUCGUUAUAUCAAUGUUAAAGCUCGUCCCCUGUUGUAUCUCCUUCACUGGAAUCCUACUCUAGCCGGGCAGAAUGGAGACGUGACCGUCGGUGAGGUAGUUAAUGAUGCGAUUAUCGGAUACAACAGAGAUUACAGUAUAUGGACAGCCAAAGACUACAUGCAGCUCAAACUUCCAGGUCUGAAGAUCAGUCUGGAUAAUCAGAUGGAAGCAAAUAAGACCCAUGCAAAUCGCCACACAGUUAUCGUUUACACAGGGAUCAACGGUCAGGAGUACACAGUGACAAUGAAUGCCCACGUGAUAAACGCCACUAACGCCACCUACAAUACCUAUGACUACUACAUGAUGCUUUCCCACAGUGGAAUGCCUUUCGAUCUGUCUCUCCGAGGUCAUCUGAAAGGCAUUAGUGAUAACCUUAACCUAGUGACAGAAAUACAACCAGUUUCAAAGACUGUGCAGGAACCUUCUCCAGUCGGGGAUGGGAACGUGCAGAGUCCAGAGCAAGAACCGUGUGUGGAAGCACUGGGGAGGACAUUGGUGACGUUUAAUGCUGAAAACGUAGCAGUACCCGAUGGGAUUGAGAUGAGAUGGGACUACAACUACAGCAGACAAGUGUGUGGAGGACAGGACCAAUACCGUAUAUCUGGAUUGUAUGGACGUCAGGCUGUAAACUCUCGCUGGAAAUUUCACUACUGGGCGACAGUAGACGUGACUGCCACUAAGUCGCGUGAUGCUGUUGGUCAGCAGGAUGCAGUGGUCAGGUCCAAGUCAUACAAAGGCAACUUCCGUGCCCACAUGAGACAUUUCCCGGUUCAUUUUUUGCUGGACUAUAGCAGUCAGUUGGUGAAUACUUCUUAUAUCCUGCGUGUCACUGAAAACCCUAGACACAACAUAACCGUCCUUCUCCAAAGCCAGUUACAGACACCGUGGCCAGUGGUCAACUUCAACAUUAAACACACUUACGUUUGGACGGACCAUCUGAUGCACACAACGGAAGUGACGUCUGCAUGGCUGGAUGUCGACACAGUAAUCCACUAUAACAUUUCGUGGUUUGACGUCAUCAGUGCAGAAAUGCACAGCUACCUGGACUCGCGGCUGCCAUGGUUACCAGGAAGAACAAAUGUAACCGGUCAAUAUGAAAUGACAGAUGACAUUUUGCCUCAAUUAUUGUUGGUUUUAGAGAGAUCAGACGGCAUAAUAGAACUAAAGGCUGACAUGGUCAACACAACUUUCAACAUUAUCACUUUAACAUUCCGAAAGUCAGGCGAGGAUGCCAUGCAUUUACUGACGUGGCAAAUGGCCCUGAGCAGCAUGCGUGCCAGUACGCACACAUUGAGUUGGAAUCCCGAUCUGGUCCAAGUCGUCAGGAAAGACAGUUUCGGCCGGCUUAGUCGGUUGCAGUUGGCUCUCGUAGAGGUGGGGGAGGUCGCCCUGGAUAACGCAAAUAAACCUGCCUUGCUUAUGUUAAUUCCCUUUACGGACAUGACACUAGGUGUUUUCCUAGAAACCUAUUUAUAUCCAUACUUGCGAUUUCCUGUGACCAACAGUGGUCCUGGAUCCUCAAGUAUCGGGGACAACUCUCAAAGCACGCAAGAGGUGACGGAAAUAGAAGUGGCUGGUGAUUCGGAAACAACUCCUCCACAUAAAACUAAUUUUGGAGACUUGCUUGCAAAAUCAUUAGCUAGAACCGUGGGGUCGACCCUUACAGUCUUUGGUGGGAUCAGUACCCGCCCCCCAUGGAUUGUGAGGCGUCUUAUGGAGAUCCUGAUACGCCCUUCAGUAGAGAAGUUAUUGGCUGAAUCUCGUAUCUCCUUCACAGCUCCUCUCCUCGGCCAAUGGCAUUCAUUUGUAUCACCACCAAGACAGACCUAUGGAUUUCGCUACCUUGAGGGAGUAUAUGGUCGCUUAACCAAGAGAAUCCACAAUAACGUCGGAACCUUCCGUGGCUUCGUCAUCAACAGACAGUACUUGGUCACAUACAAUGAUCGAGUAUACCACAUACCAGAUGACCAGGCCGCCGAUUGUGUCCACUUGCUGGCCGGAGACUUUAAGCGCGAGAAGUUUGCGGUACUGCUAUCACGCCAGGGCAUCACCGUGGCCACCAGCGAAAUGUCGGUGACGUUGGAGUAUGGUGGAAACGUCUUCCGCGACAACUGUCCUCGUCCCGUACGAUUGCCGUUUGGACAUAAAGGGAAUCGCAUUCACGUGUUUAUGGAACGUGAAGAUAUGAUUCUGACUACAACAUAUGGCGUGAAGAUCUCGUGCUAUAACCGACGCGACGUGUGUCGCAUCGAUCUGAUGGAAAACCAUUUUUCUAACUCUUGGGGAUUAUUGGGCACAAACGACGGAGAACCCGGGUCGGACUUUCAGCUUCCCAGUAAAUAUAUCACCUCUGUUGUCAACACCUUCAUCCAGAGCUACGCUGUCGGCGGUCCGCCUCGGUGCAUUUCUCCAGAGUCCAAGCAUCACGCAAGGGUAGACGAAUCACUAUAUCCUCAUCCUCCGGCAAACGCACAGACACUAUGUAGUGCAGAAAUGGCUGAUGAAUGCAAUAGACAGUUUGAGAGGGCAAUACAGUCUGCAUGUCAUUCUACCAUAUCACACCAGCAGUUCUUGGAGAACUGUCUGUCCGAAGCCAAAAGCUGCGGUCUUGUUGCAUUUGACGCUUGCAAACACAUCCGUGCAUACGAAUAUGUCUGCCAUUUGAGAUUCAAUUAUGACUCAAUAGCUGUUAACUGUAGCAAAGACACUAAAUCAGAAAACAACGAGGGCAGUCGGCGGCCGGUAGAUGUCGUGUUGGUCGUAUCUGAUGUUUUGGAGUCCUUACGAACUGACAUUGAGGCCCAUGUGGAGACUUUACUGCACAUUGUAAAGUAUAAUAUACGUAACGUACAAUUGGGAAUCAUCGGGUACGGAGGAGAUACACAAAUGUUUGAUGCACUAGACCCGACGGUCUCCACAAGGUACAUGGUAUCUUUGGAUACGUUGGAUGUUGAUGCGGCUAAUUCCGCAUGGAGAGGAGCGUGGAAGCGGUUUCCAAAUUUUGUUACAAUGAAUGACGCAUUGGAUAUGGCCGCAAGUUAUCCUUACCGGAUGAACACUCAGAGAGUGGUCAUCGUAUUAUCCAGGGAGAAUCCAAAUAUUACUGAUGAUGUAAGAACAAAAUAUGAGAAUUUGAAUAUAAUCGUCAAUUCGUUUGGGGAUUACAAGACCGUGGAUGCCUCUGACAAAGUCAAUGGCAUAAACUGGGACAGUUCGGUCAUAUACAGGGAUUGGUUGUCGACGUACCGCAUAAUGCCCCUUCCGGAGGGAAGCCUUGUACAGCUAGUGGUAGCUACUAAGGGAGCGGUCUUCAAUGCUGACUCGGUCACCGAAAGUCGCGAAAAGAGAUUGCGGUUCAUCGUCAAGCACAUCAAAGAACAAAUCAAGCUAAAUAACUUUUGCUGAGAUAACGGUGUUACUCGUCUGUUUAGGUCGCAGCCAAUUUGUGAGUCUGCAAUUUAAUCGUCAUUUAUGUUCUCUUUUAAAACGCUAACAGCAUCUGUUAGCACACUUUUGAAAAUGAUCACUAUGAUAAACCCAAAAAGACAGAAUUAAAAGCAAUAUGAAUACCUUAAUACUAACGAUAAUUUGGAGUCUAGUUAUUAUAGGAGCAUAUCUCAAGAGUUUUGAACGAAUGGAAAAAGCCCCCCCCCCCCCCUACACACACUCGUGGUGGCAUGUUAUCGCGUUAACCUAAUUAUAAUUCCAGUACAGUCUAUUUAUUCGUACAAGUAAUUCAUAUUCAUAUACAGAAUAACUUUUCGCUUUCAAAUGAUAAUUUUAUACGUGGUGUAAAUGUCUAUAAAACUCUGCAUUUACAUAUGAAACAAAUCAUUUCUCCGAAGUACUUUUCAAUAAUUCGAAAUACCCCCCCCCCCCCCCCCCCCGACAAGCUAUGUGUCACUUAUCCAUUAUUCGUGUCAGCUUUACUGCCAAUUUUGUACGCUUUUAUAGAAGCGUCGCAAGGUCCGAAUUGCAACCUUUAAUAUGCUAAGCCGUCAUCUUCGUGGAAAUGAUAUUCUUGAUAAAGUGUGUAGACUAUCUCUUAUCAUAAUAGGUUAUGUGGUAAUAAUCUAUUACAUUUUGCACUCCAGUAAAUUUGAACAAGAUAAUUAUAUACUAGUUCAGAUUUACUUGAGUGGUGUGUUUGCAUGCACUAUUGUAUACAUAUAAUUGUAAUAACUUACAAAACGUUAUAUUUCCGUGGAAUUCUUUUGGACUAAAGAUAAGUAAAUGUAAGGUACGACACAAUUUUAAAAUGGAAAAAAAAACAGAAAAAAGAAAGAAAAAAAACA